GGCGAUGAUGAAGUGCAGACCAGUUUGGGAACUACAACGCCAGGCACCCCGUCAAAGCGCGAGAAGAGAGAACGUUCGGAAAAGCCCUUUACAAAUUAAGAGACUGAGGCUGGCUGGGAGGACGCCGCGGCACCGCUCCCAAGGCCACCGCGGCGGGGCCUGAGCUCCGGUCUCACGCAGACCUUCCCUUCCACGGCGGGGCUCGGGCCGUCUCCCGCACACCGGCCGGGGCAGGGGCGCCCAUCGAUGCGCUCCGCCGCUCGGCUCUCCACGCCUGGGCCCUGCCCGUUCGAGCCCCUUCCCCCUCCCGGCCGCUUCCCACUUCCAAGAUGGCCGCGGGUGGAGCCGACCAGUUUCUCCUUCGACCAAGAUGACUGAUGGAAAACUCUCCACCUCUACAAAUGGCGUAGCCUUGAUGGGCAUUCUGGAUGGUCGACCAGGAAACCCUCUUCAGAACCUGCAACACGUCCAUCUCAAGGCGCCCCGACUCCUCUCGACACCUGAGUACGGGCCCAAACUGAAACUCAGGGCUCUAGAAGACCGGCACAGCCUUCAGUCAGUGGACUCGGGGAUUCCUACCCUGGAGAUCGGCAACCCAGAGCCUGUGCCCUGCAGCGCGGUCCACGUGAGGAGGAAGCAGUCCGACUCGGACAUCGUCCCAGAGCGGGCCUUCCAGAGUGCGUGCCCAUUGCCGUCCUGUGCGCCACCGGCUCCCAGCAGCACCGAGCGGGAACAGAGUGUGCGGAAGUCCUCCACGUUCCCCAGGACAGGCUAUGACUCAGUGAAGCUCUACAGUCCAACCUCCAAAGCCCUGACCCGCAGCGAUGACGUCUCCAUCUGCAGCGUGUCCAGUCUCGGGACAGAGCUGUCCACCACGCUGUCGGUCAGCAAUGAGGACAUCUUGGACCUUGUGGUCACGAGCAGCUCCAGUGCCAUUGUGACCCUGGAGAAUGACGAUGACCCACAGUUUACCAAUGUCACCUUGAGCUCUGUCAGGGAAACCAGUGGCUCACAGCAGCAGGACUGUGUCCAUGAGGCUGAGGAGGGGAGUAAACUGAAAAUUCUGGGCCCAUUUAGUAGCUUCUUCACCAGGAAUCUGCUUGCUAGAAAACAAAGUGCAAGACUUGACAAACAAAAUGACUUGGGAUGGAAGUUAUUUGGGAAAGUGCCACUCCGGGAGAAUGCUCAGAAAGAUUCAAAGAAAAUACAAAAGGAAUAUGAAGACAAGGCUGGAAGACCUAGCAAGCCACCCUCUCCAAAGCAGAAUGUGAGGAAGAAUCUGGAUUUUGAGCCACUUUCCACCACCGCACUCAUCCUUGAGGAUAGACCAGCAAAUCUCCCAGCAAAACCAGCUGAAGAAGCUCAGAAGCACAGACAGCAGUAUGAAGAAAUGGUGGUUCAGGCCAAAAAGCGAGAACUGAAAGAAGCCCAGCGGAGGAAGAAGCAGCUGGAAGAAAGAUGCAGAGUGGAGGAAAGCAUUGGAAACGCUGUGCUCACUUGGAAUAACGAGAUUUUACCUAACUGGGAAACAAUGUGGUGCUCUAGAAAAGUUCGAGAUUUAUGGUGGCAGGGAAUCCCUCCAAGUGUGAGAGGCAAAGUCUGGAGCUUAGCCAUUGGCAACGAGUUAAAUAUCACCCAUGAGCUCUUUGACAUCUGUCUUGCUCGAGCCAAGGAGAGGUGGCGGUCCCUUAGCACAGGAGGCUCCGAACUAGAGAACGAAGAUGCUGGUUUUUCAGCAGCAGACAGAGAAGCCAGUCUGGAGCUUAUUAAACUGGACAUUUCUAGAACGUUUCCUAAUCUCUGCAUUUUCCAGCAAGGUGGUCCAUAUCAUGACACGCUGCACAGUAUUUUGGGCGCUUAUACUUGUUACCGACCAGAUGUGGGUUAUGUUCAGGGCAUGUCCUUUAUAGCGGCAGUGUUGAUCUUGAACUUAGAUACUGCAGAUGCCUUUAUUGCUUUUUCUAAUCUUUUGAAUAAACCCUGUCAAAUGGCGUUUUUCAGAGUGGACCAUGGCCUUAUGUUGACUUACUUUGCUGCAUUUGAGGUAUUCUUUGAAGAAAAUUUGCCGAAAUUAUUUGCUCAUUUCAAGAAGAACAACUUAACUCCAGAUAUCUACCUAAUUGAUUGGAUCUUUACCUUAUAUAGUAAAUCUCUGCCCCUCGACCUGGCCUGUCGUAUCUGGGACGUGUUCUGUCGCGAUGGGGAAGAGUUCCUGUUCCGCACGGCCCUAGGCAUUCUGAAGCUGUUUGAGGACAUCCUGACCAAGAUGGACUUCAUCCACAUGGCACAGUUCCUGACCCGGCUGCCCGAGGACCUGCCUGCCGAGGAGCUGUUUGCCUCCAUCGCCACGAUCCAGAUGCAGAGCCGAAACAAGAAGUGGGCUCAGGUACUGACCGCAUUGCAGAAAGACAGCCGGGAGAUGGAGAAAGGAAGCCCGGCCCUCCGACACUGAGGCUGCAGAGGGAAGCCGCGCUCCGCGUGAAGCAGAGCCCCACGCCGCGGCCCCUCUGUUGUUCCAGACCGACAACUGGCAGCCGAAAGAACGGGCGCUCUUCAAGCAGGAUUCCUACCAUUGGAGUUGGCCUUAAACAAACACAAACUUUUAAAGAAUUAAGCCAAGGCUUAGCCUUAAGCAGCUCAGUGGAAGGAUGACCUGCGGUGGGCCACAGCCAGCCACUGCAUCUGCAGCGCGGUUUAGCAGUGGGGCAGUGGCUCACCCCCACUCCUUUAUCUCAGCAAAAGUUAAUUAAAUUGUAAUACUCCUAUGUCAACUACUGGGAAGUACAUUACAGUCUUAGCCAGGAUGCAUGAGAGAUGUUAUUUGGGAGACUUACGAUGCCUUGGCUUGUGUUUACGUGUUUUAGAUAAGAAAGGGAUUGCCGAUGGAGUUACUGAGGUAAUCUUUCCAGAGCUGGAGGUCAUGUUUCUAAAACUCACCUACCAAAGACAGCAUUAAAGGAACAGGGGCUCUCUGAGGAUAGCGGCUGGUGUGUGCCCCUGGAUGUCUGGGAAUCCACCCAGCCUGCAGGUUGGCAUCAUGCCAUGCUGCCUUGGCACAGCCACAGCUAGUAGGCUGCAGGUGCACCCUUGGGCUCCAGUGGGACUGCUCUGGGAGAUUGCUGUCUGGCCUGUGUCCCGCAGAGGUGGAAAGUUCGAGAGGAGGAGCUAUUUGUGAGGAAGGCCUGCGGCAACAGAGAAAGGCUAAGACGGAGUGGAAUCAGCCCCUGUAGCUAAAAGGGUGGGGAAAGAGAUACAUGGAUGGGGCCCUCUCCCACCAGCCUGUUUUGUAGAGGCUGGGUGGCAGCCCAGAACAGCAUGUGUGGGGGAGGUGGCCCCAUUUCAGCAGUGGCUCCUCUCUGCCUUUGAGCCCUGCACAGCUGGACCCAUCCUAAGUGCCGGUGAGUCUCUCACGCAUUUGACUGUAGAAUGUGUGCUUCAUGACCCGUUGUGCAGACGGAGGAGCGAGCAACACACACCCAGCCUCCCAGACAAUCUCGUCAGAUGCUCACCCUGUGCCAUCAGCUUCCCCAUCUUAGCUGACUUUGCCAAGGUCGUUGGCAAAUUUUUUGUUGUAGCUUUUCCUUGAUUAAUUUUAGAACUUUGUGUGAGGACGUUGGUUAUCCGAAAUCGCAGAAAUGAACUGUUUUGCAGCUGCAGUCUAAAGGAGGGACGAGUCUGUGGAAGCAGGGCCCACGUGGCGGCCCACCGGCAGGUGGUUCCUUGGGAGCGUUCUGCACACCUGGUCCCGGGCUUGGUUAAUCACACCUAUGUGUGUGCCUUGGGGUGGUCUGCACUCCAUAGCCCUUCUCAGCCACACAUCCCACCCCAGGGGGUGCCCCAGGCUGAUCUCAUUUCCGAUGCUGGGGGGUCUCUGGCUCUGUCUGCAGAGCUCGUAAGAGGAGCCUUGGUCCGGGGCUGGGGGAGUAGAGCCGAGCUGGCGUGUGUUUUCUGGACUUCUCGUGUCUGCCAUACCCAGUAAUGCUCCUCUAGGUGCAGUAGCAAGUUGCUGAGCCAGUGGUUGUCCCGUGCCCUCCUUCCCAGCGCCAUCAUGUGUCACGUUUCCCAGACUCUGCCCUCACAGUCUCAGCUGAAUCUCCAGGGAGGCUGCAGAGCGUUGUGGAGACCACUUUCUGCCUCAGCCUUUAAACGUUGAUUUACCUCCUCUUGGAGGAGGCGUCCUGUCUUCACCGGGAGUCCCGGUGGCUCCAGACAUAGCCAUUUCCUGACAUCAAGAUGUUGAAUGUAACCUGGACUAAGCUGGGCCUGUGGGAGGGGCCGCCUGAGGCUGCGCACCGUCGUCCUCACAGAUGUACUUAUUUUUGUUCCAUGAUAUGGGCGUUCGGUUCCCUAAAGAUGUAUAUAUUUUCUUACUGUACAUAAAGAUGUUCCUUAAGUCGUACGGAAGGUGACGCGGCAAAGGGCCUUGUGCAGUGUGUUGAGAUUGCAGCUGGGGAUGGCCCUGUCUGCAGAGCCCAGCCUUUAAUGUUCUGGUGAAGCACUUUCACAGCUUUCCGGAUAGCACUAAGAGGCAUCCAGUUUCUGAACGAGAUUCCACGUCCCCAAUCAUAGUUCAGAAGAGGCUUUUAGGACCUGUUCAGGGAUCAUGUGAGGUCUCGCCACUUUCAUGGGUCCUCUGGGAAAGUUCUGAGUCCGCUCCAGGGUCACUUAGCACUUUGCCACAGGGGCUGCUGGAGAGUGGAGGCUGCCUCUGUGUGCGGUGGCUGUGGUAAACUGGAACGAGACACCGACACGCCGCCCCUCCGAGGUCUGCAGGCUCCGCUUCACAUGCCGCUGACUCCCCGAGUCUAAGGCUUCAGGGCCAGGACCUGCGUCCGGCCUACGAGGUAGACCGAGGCUGCCUCUCCCGCCAGGCACUGGGAUCCCAUUUAGAAACGGUGUUCACUUCAGAAGGUACUUUUCACUGCUCGGUUUUUGACUAUUUUAAAUAGUUUGCUGAAAACUCCUGGUAACGCUACAUAUCAUGUUUUAAUUGCUUGUACAGUUAACCAUUAAUUUUAUUUAGUAAAGUGUAUCGAAGUAGGACUUUUUUGAAUUGUAAAUAUGUGGUUUUAUUAAAUAAAAGCCAAUGUAAAAUUGUUA